AUGAGCCUCGCACCAUACGACUCCCUCGCACCAUACGACUCGUCUCACCACGAUCAGCUCAUAAGCCUCGCACCAUACGACUCGUCUCACCACGAUCAGCUCAUAAGCCUCGCACCAUACGACUCGUCUCACCACGAUCAGCUCAUAAGCCUCGCACCAUACGACUCGUCUCACCACGAUCAGCUCAUAAGCCUCGCACCAUACGACUCGUCUCACCACGAUCAGCUCAUAAGCCUCGCACCAUACGACUCGUCUCACCACGAUCAGCUCAUAAGCCUCGCACCAUACAACUCGUCUCACCACAAUCAGCUCAUAAGCCUCGCACCAUACGACUCGUCUCACCACAAUCAGCUCAUAAGCCUCGCACCAUACGACUCCUCUCACCAUGAUCAGCUCAUAAGCCUCGCACCAUACGACUCCUCUCACCAUGAUCAGCUCAUAAGCCUCGCACCAUACGACUCGUCUCACCACGAUCAGCUCAUAAGCCUCGCACCAUACGACUCGUCUCACCACGAUCAGCUCAUAAGCCUCGCACCAUACGACUCGUCUCACAAUGAUCAGCUCAUAAGCCUCGCACCAUACGACUCGUCUCACCACGAUCAGCUCAUAAGCCUCGCACCAUACGACUCGUCUCACCAUGAUCAGAUCAUAAGCCUCGCACAAUACGACUCGUCUCACCACGAUCAGCUCAUAAGCCUCGCACCAUACGACUCGUCUCACAAUGAUCAGCUCAUAAGCCUCGCACCAUACGACUCGUCUCACCACGAUCAGCUCAUAAGCCUCGCACCAUACGACUCGUCUCACCAUGAUCAGAUCAUAAGCCUCGCACAAUACGACUCCUCUCACCACGAUCAGCUCAUAAGCCUCGCACCAUACGACUCGUCUCACCACGAUCAGCUCAUAAGCCUCGCACCAUACGACUCCCUCGCACCAUACGACUCGUCUCACCACGAUCAGCUCAUAAGCCUCGCACCAUACGACUCGUCUCACCACGAUCAGCUCAUAAGCCUCGCACCAUACGACUCGUCUCACCACGAUCAGCUCAUAAGCCUCGCACCAUACGACUCGUCUCACCACGAUCAGCUCAUAAGCCUCGCACCAUACGACUCGUCUCACCACGAUCAGCUCAUAAGCCUCGCACCAUACGACUCGUCUCACCACGAUCAGCUCAUAAGCCUCGCACCAUACAACUCGUCUCACCACGAUCAGCUCAUAAGCCUCGCACCAUACGACUCGUCUCACCACGAUCAGCUCAUAAGCCUCGCACCAUACGACUCCUCUCACCAUGAUCAGCUCAUAAGCCUCGCACCAUACGACUCCUCUCACCAUGAUCAGCUCAUAAGCCUCGCACCAUACGACUCGUCUCACCACGAUCAGCUCAUAAGCCUCGCACCAUACGACUCGUCUCACAAUGAUCAGCUCAUAAGCCUCGCACCAUACGACUCGUCUCACCACGAUCAGCUCAUAAGCCUCGCACCAUACGACUCGUCUCACCAUGAUCAGAUCAUAAGCCUCGCACAAUACGACUCCUCUCACCACGAUCAGCUCAUAAGCCUCGCACCAUACGACUCGUCUCACCACGAUCAGCUCAUAAGCCUCGCACCAUACGACUCCCUCGCACCAUACGACUCGUCUCACCACGAUCAGCUCAUAAGCCUCGCACCAUACGACUCGUCUCACCACGAUCAGCUCAUAAGCCUCGCACCAUACGACUCGUCUCACCACGAUCAGCUCAUAAGCCUCGCACCAUACGACUCGUCUCACCACGAUCAGCUCAUAAGCCUCGCACCAUACGACUCGUCUCACCACGAUCAGCUCAUAAGCCUCGCACCAUACGACUCGUCUCACCACGAUCAGCUCAUAAGCCUCGCACCAUACGACUCGUCUCACCACGAUCAGCUCAUAAGCCUCGCACCAUACGACUCGUCUCACCACGAUCAGCUCAUAAGCCUCGCACCAUACGACUCGUCUCACCACGAUCAGCUCAUAAGCCUCGCACCAUACAACUCGUCUCACCACGAUCAGCUCAUAAGCCUCGCACCAUACGACUCGUCUCACCACGAUCAGCUCAUAAGCCUCGCACCAUACGACUCCUCUCACCAUGAUCAGCUCAUAAGCCUCGCACCAUACGACUCCUCUCACCAUGAUCAGCUCAUAAGCCUCGCACCAUACGACUCGUCUCACCACGAUCAGCUCAUAAGCCUCGCACCAUACGACUCGUCUCACAAUGAUCAGCUCAUAAGCCUCGCACCAUACGACUCGUCUCACCACGAUCAGCUCAUAAGCCUCGCACCAUACGAAUCGUCUCACCACGAUCAGCUCAUAAGCCUCGCACCAUACGACUCCUCUCACCAUGAUCAGCUCAUAAGCCUCGCACCAUACGACUCGUCUCACCACGAUCAGCUCAUAAGCCUCGCACCAUACGACUCGUCUCACAAUGAUCAGCUCAUAAGCCUCGCACCAUACGACUCGUCUCACCACGAUCAGCUCAUAAGCCUCGCACCAUACGACUCGUCUCACCAUGAUCAGAUCAUAAGCCUCGCACAAUACGACUCCUCUCACCACGAUCAGCUCAUAAGCCUCACACCAUACGACUCGUCUCACCACGAUCAGCUCAUAAGCCUCGCACCAUACGACUCGUCUCACCACGAUCAGCUCAUAAGCCUCGCACCAUACGACUCGUCUCACCACGAUCAGCUCAUAAGCCUCGCACCAUACGACUCGUCUCACCACGAUCAGCUCAUAAGCCUCGCACCAUACGACUCGUCUCACCACGAUCAGCUCAUAAGCCUCGCACCAUACGACUCGUCUCACCACGAUCAGCUCAUAAGACUCGCACCAUACGACUCGUCUCACCACGAUCAGCUCAUAAGCCUCGCACCAUACGACUCGUCUCACCACGAUCAGCUCAUAAGCCUCGCACCAUACGACUCCUCUCACCAUGAUCAGCUCAUAAGCCUCGCACCAUACGACUCGUCUCACCACGAUCAGCUCAUAAGCCUCGCACCAUACGACUCGUCUCACAAUGAUCAGCUCAUAAGCCUCGCACCAUACGACUCGUCUCACCACGAUCAGCUCAUAAGCCUCGCACCAUACGACUCGUCUCACCAUGAUCAGAUCAUAAGCCUCGCACAAUACGACUCCUCUCACCACGAUCAGCUCAUAAGCCUCGCACCAUACGACUCGUCUCACCACGAUCAGCUCAUAAGCCUCGCACCAUACGACUCGUCUCACCACGAUCAGCUCAUAAGCCUCGCACCAUACGACUCAUCUCACCAUGAUCAGCUCAUAAGCCUCGCACCAUACGACUCAUCUCACCAUGAUCAGCUCAUAAGCCUCGCACCAUACGACUCGUCUCACCACGAUCAGCUCAUAAGCCUCGCACCAUACGACUCGUCUCACCACGAUCAGCUCAUAAGCCUCGCACCAUACGACUCGUCUCACCACGAUCAGCUCAUAAGCCUCGCACCAUACGACUCGUCUCACCACGAUCAGCUCAUAAGCCUCGCACCAUACGACUCGUCUCACCACGAUCAGCUCAUAAGCCUCGCACCAUACGACUCGUCUCACCACGAUCAGCUCAUAAGCCUCGCACCAUACAACUCGUCUCACCACGAUCAGCUCAUAAGCCUCGCACCAUACGACUCGUCUCACCACGAUCAGCUCAUAAGCCUCGCACCAUACGACUCCUCUCACCAUGAUCAGCUCAUAAGCCUCGCACCAUACGACUCCUCUCACCAUGAUCAGCUCAUAAGCCUCGCACCAUACGACUCGUCUCACCACGAUCAGCUCAUAAGCCUCGCACCAUACGACUCGUCUCACAAUGAUCAGCUCAUAAGCCUCGCACCAUACGACUCGUCUCACCACGAUCAGCUCAUAAGCCUCGCACCAUACGACUCGUCUCACCACGAUCAGCUCAUAAGCCUCGCACCAUACGACUCCUCUCACCAUGAUCAGCUCAUAAGCCUCGCACCAUACGACUCGUCUCACCACGAUCAGCUCAUAAGCCUCGCACCAUACGACUCGUCUCACAAUGAUCAGCUCAUAAGCCUCGCACCAUACGACUCGUCUCACCACGAUCAGCUCAUAAGCCUCGCACCAUACGACUCGUCUCACCAUGAUCAGAUCAUAAGCCUCGCACAAUACGACUCCUCUCACCACGAUCAGCUCAUAAGCCUCGCACCAUACGACUCGUCUCACCACGAUCAGCUCAUAAGCCUCGCACCAUACGACUCGUCUCACCACGAUCAGCUCAUAAGCCUCGCACCAUACGACUCGUCUCACCACGAUCAGCUCAUAAGCCUCGCACCAUACGACUCGUCUCACCACGAUCAGCUCAUAAGCCUCGCACCAUACGACUCCUCUCACCAUGAUCAGCUCAUAAGCCUCGCACCAUACGACUCCUCUCACCAUGAUCAGCUCAUAAGCCUCGCACCAUACGACUCGUCUCACCACGAUCAGCUCAUAAGCCUCGCACCAUACGACUCGUCUCACAAUGAUCAGCUCAUAAGCCUCGCACCAUACAACUCGUCUCACCACGAUCAGCUCAUAAGCCUCGCACCAUACGACUCGUCUCACCACGAUCAGCUCAUAAGCCUCGCACCAUACGACUCCUCUCACCAUGAUCAGCUCAUAAGCCUCGCACCAUACGACUCCUCUCACCAUGAUCAGCUCAUAAGCCUCGCACCAUACGACUCGUCUCACCACGAUCAGCUCAUAAGCCUCGCACCAUACGACUCGUCUCACAAUGAUCAGCUCAUAAGCCUCGCACCAUACGACUCGUCUCACCACGAUCAGCUCAUAAGCCUCGCACCAUACGACUCGUCUCACCACGAUCAGCUCAUAAGCCUCGCACCAUACGAUUCCUCUCACCAUGAUCAGCUCAUAAGCCUCGCACCAUACGACUCGUCUCACCACGAUCAGCUCAUAAGCCUCGCACCAUACGACUCGUCUCACAAUGAUCAGCUCAUAAGCCUCGCACCAUACGACUCGUCUCACCACGAUCAGCUCAUAAGCCUCGCACCAUACGACUCGUCUCACCAUGAUCAGAUCAUAAGCCUCGCACAAUACGACUCCUCUCACCACGAUCAGCUCAUAAGCCUCGCACCAUACGACUCGUCUCACCACGAUCAGCUCAUAAGCCUCGCACCAUACGACUCGUCUCACCACGAUCAGCUCAUAAGCCUCGCACCAUACGACUCGUCUCACCACGAUCAGCUCAUAAGCCUCGCACCAUACGACUCGUCUCACCACGAUCAGCUCAUAAGCCUCGCACCAUACGACUCCUCUCACCAUGAUCAGCUCAUAAGCCUCGCACCAUACGACUCCUCUCACCAUGAUCAGCUCAUAAGCCUCGCACCAUACGACUCGUCUCACCACGAUCAGCUCAUAAGCCUCGCACCAUACGACUCGUCUCACAAUGAUCAGCUCAUAAGCCUCGCACCAUACGACUCGUCUCACCACGAUCAGCUCAUAAGCCUCGCACCAUACGACUCGUCUCACCACGAUCAGCUCAUAAGCCUCGCACCAUACGACUCCUCUCACCAUGAUCAGCUCAUAAGCCUCGCACCAUACGACUCGUCUCACAAUGAUCAGCUCAUAAGCCUCGCACCAUACGACUCGUCUCACCACGAUCAGCUCAUAAGCCUCGCACCAUACGACUCGUCUCACCAUGAUCAGCUCAUAAGCCUCGCACCAUACGACUCCUCUCACCACGAUCAGCUCAUAAGCCUCGCACCAUACGACUCGUCUCACCACGAUCAGCUCAUAAGCCUCGCACCAUACGACUCGUCUCACCACGAUCAGCUCAUAAGCCUCGCACCAUACGACUCCUCUCACCACGAUCAGCUCAUAAGCCUCGCACCAUACGACUCGUCUCACCACGAUCAGCUCAUAAGCCUCGCACCAUACGACUCGUCUCACCACGAUCAGCUCAUAAGCCUCGCACCAUACGACUCCUCUCACCACGAUCAGCUCAUUAGCCUCGCACCAUACCACUCGUCUCACCACGAUCAGCUCAUAAGCCUCGCACCAUACGACUCCUCUCACCACGAUCAGCUCAUAAGCCUCGCACCAUACGACUCGUCUCACCACGAUCAGCUCAUAAGCCUCGCACCAUACGACUCGUCUCACAAUGAUCAGCUCAUAAGCCUCGCACCAUACGACUCGUCUCACCACGAUCAGCUCAUAAGCCUCGCACCAUACGACUCGUCUCACCACGAUCAGCUCAUAAGCCUCGCACCAUACGACUCGUCUCACCACGAUCAGCUCAUAAGCCUCGCACCAUACGACUCCUCUCACCAUGAUCAGCUCAUAAGCCUCGCACCAUACGACUCGUCUCACAAUGAUCAGCUCAUAAGCCUCGCACCAUACGACUCGUCUCACCACGAUCAGCUCAUAAGCCUCGCACCAUACGACUCGUCUCACCAUGAUCAGCUCAUAAGCCUCGCACCAUACGACUCGUCUCACCAUGAUCAGCUCAUAAGCCUCGCACCAUACGACUCGUCUCACCACGAUCAGCUCAUAAGCCUCGCACCAUACGACUCGUCUCACAAUGAUCAGCUCAUAAGCCUCGCACCAUACGACUCGUCUCACCACGAUCAGCUCAUAAGCCUCGCACCAUACGACUCGUCUCACCACGAUCAGCUCAUAAGCCUCGCACCAUACGACUCGUCUCACCACGAUCAGCUCAUAAGCCUCGCACCAUACGACUCCUCUCACCAUGAUCAGCUCAUAAGCCUCGCACCAUACGACUCGUCUCACAAUGAUCAGCUCAUAAGCCUCGCACCAUACGACUCGUCUCACCACGAUCAGCUCAUAAGCCUCGCACCAUACGACUCGUCUCACCAUGAUCAGCUCAUAAGCCUCGCACCAUACGACUCGUCUCACUAUGAUCAGCUCAUUAGCCUCGCACCAUACGACUCGUCUCACCACGAUCAGCUCAUAAGCCUCGCACCAUACGACUCGUCUCACCACGAUCAGCUCAUAAGCCUCGCACCAUACGACUCGUCUCACCAUGAUCAGCUCAUAAGCCUCGCACCAUACGACUCGUCUCACCACGAUCAGCUCAUAAGCCUCGCACCAUACGACUCGUCUCACAAUGAUCAGCUCAUAAGCCUCGCACCAUACGACUCGUCUCACCACGAUCAGCUCAUAAGCCUCGCACCAUACGACUCGUCUCACCAUGAUCAGAUCAUAAGCCUCGCACAAUACGACUCCUCUCACCACGAUCAGCUCAUAAGCCUCGCACCAUACGACUCGUCUCACCACGAUCAGCUCAUAAGCCUCGCACCAUACGACUCGUCUCACCACGAUCAGCUCAUAAGCCUCGCACCAUACGACUCGUCUCACCACGAUCAGCUCAUAAGCCUCGCACCAUACGACUCGUCUCACCACGAUCAGCUCAUAAGCCUCGCACCAUACGACUCGUCUCACCACGAUCAGCUCAUAAGCCUCGCACCAUACGACUCGUCUCACCACGAUCAGCUCAUAAGCCUCGCACCAUACAACUCGUCUCACCACGAUCAGCUCAUAAGCCUCGCACCAUACGACUCGUCUCACCACGAUCAGCUCAUAAGCCUCGCACCAUACGACUCCUCUCACCAUGAUCAGCUCAUAAGCCUCGCACCAUACGACUCGUCUCACCACGAUCAGCUCAUAAGCCUCGCACCAUACGACUCGUCUCACAAUGAUCAGCUCAUAAGCCUCGCACCAUACGACUCGUCUCACCACGAUCAGCUCAUAAGCCUCGCACCAUACGACUCGUCUCACCACGAUCAGCUCAUAAGCCUCGCACCAUACGACUCCUCUCACCAUGAUCAGCUCAUAAGCCUCGCACCAUACGACUCGUCUCACCACGAUCAGCUCAUAAGCCUCGCACCAUACGACUCGUCUCACAAUGAUCAGCUCAUAAGCCUCGCACCAUACGACUCGUCUCACCACGAUCAGCUCAUAAGCCUCGCACCAUACGACUCGUCUCACCAUGAUCAGAUCAUAAGCCUCGCACAAUACGACUCCUCUCACCACGAUCAGCUCAUAAGCCUCGCACCAUACGACUCGUCUCACCACGAUCAGCUCAUAAGCCUCGCACCAUACGACUCGUCUCACCACGAUCAGCUCAUAAGCCUCGCACCAUACGACUCAUCUCACCAUGAUCAGCUCAUAAGCCUCGCACCAUACGACUCAUCUCACCAUGAUCAGCUCAUAAGCCUCGCACCAUACGACUCGUCUCACCACGAUCAGCUCAUAAGCCUCGCACCAUACGACUCGUCUCACCACGAUCAGCUCAUAAGCCUCGCACCAUACGACUCGUCUCACCACGAUCAGCUCAUAAGCCUCGCACCAUACGACUCGUCUCACCACGAUCAGCUCAUAAGCCUCGCACCAUACGACUCGUCUCACCACGAUCAGCUCAUAAGCCUCGCACCAUACGACUCGUCUCACCACGAUCAGCUCAUAAGCCUCGCACCAUACAACUCGUCUCACCACGAUCAGCUCAUAAGCCUCGCACCAUACGACUCGUCUCACCACGAUCAGCUCAUAAGCCUCGCACCAUACGACUCCUCUCACCAUGAUCAGCUCAUAAGCCUCGCACCAUACGACUCCUCUCACCAUGAUCAGCUCAUAAGCCUCGCACCAUACGACUCGUCUCACCACGAUCAGCUCAUAAGCCUCGCACCAUACGACUCGUCUCACAAUGAUCAGCUCAUAAGCCUCGCACCAUACGACUCGUCUCACCACGAUCAGCUCAUAAGCCUCGCACCAUACGACUCGUCUCACCACGAUCAGCUCAUAAGCCUCGCACCAUACGACUCCUCUCACCAUGAUCAGCUCAUAAGCCUCGCACCAUACGACUCGUCUCACCACGAUCAGCUCAUAAGCCUCGCACCAUACGACUCGUCUCACAAUGAUCAGCUCAUAAGCCUCGCACCAUACGACUCGUCUCACCACGAUCAGCUCAUAAGCCUCGCACCAUACGACUCGUCUCACCAUGAUCAGAUCAUAAGCCUCGCACAAUACGACUCCUCUCACCACGAUCAGCUCAUAAGCCUCGCACCAUACGACUCGUCUCACCACGAUCAGCUCAUAAGCCUCGCACCAUACGACUCGUCUCACCACGAUCAGCUCAUAAGCCUCGCACCAUACGACUCGUCUCACCACGAUCAGCUCAUAAGCCUCGCACCAUACGACUCGUCUCACCACGAUCAGCUCAUAAGCCUCGCACCAUACGACUCGUCUCACCACGAUCAGCUCAUAAGCCUCGCACCAUACGACUCGUCUCACCACGAUCAGCUCAUAAGCCUCGCACCAUACGACUCGUCUCACCACGAUCAGCUCAUAAGCCUCGCACCAUACGACUCGUCUCACCACGAUCAGCUCAUAAGCCUCGCACCAUACGACUCCCUCGCACCAUACGACUCGUCUCACCACGAUCAGCUCAUAAGCCUCGCACCAUACGACUCGUCUCACAAUGAUCAGCUCAUAAGCCUCGCACCAUACGACUCGUCUCACCACGAUCAGCUCAUAAGCCUCGCACCAUACGACUCGUCUCACCACGAUCAGCUCAUAAGCCUCGCACCAUACGACUCCUCUCACCAUGAUCAGCUCAUAAGCCUCGCACCAUACGACUCGUCUCACAAUGAUCAGCUCAUAAGCCUCGCACCAUACGACUCGUCUCACCACGAUCAGCUCAUAAGCCUCGCACCAUACGACUCGUCUCACCAUGAUCAGCUCAUAAGCCUCGCACCAUACGACUCCUCUCACCACGAUCAGCUCAUAAGCCUCGCACCAUACGACUCGUCUCACCACGAUCAGCUCAUAAGCCUCGCACCAUACGACUCGUCUCACCACGAUCAGCUCAUAAGCCUCGCACCAUACGACUCCUCUCACCACGAUCAGCUCAUAAGCCUCGCACCAUACGACUCGUCUCACCACGAUCAGCUCAUAAGCCUCGCACCAUACGACUCGUCUCACCACGAUCAGCUCAUAAGCCUCGCACCAUACGACUCCUCUCACCACGAUCAGCUCAUUAGCCUCGCACCAUACCACUCGUCUCACCACGAUCAGCUCAUAAGCCUCGCACCAUACGACUCCUCUCACCACGAUCAGCUCAUAAGCCUCGCACCAUACGACUCGUCUCACCACGAUCAGCUCAUAAGCCUCGCACCAUACGACUCGUCUCACAAUGAUCAGCUCAUAAGCCUCGCACCAUACGACUCGUCGCACCACGAUCAGCUCAUAAGCCUCGCACCAUACGACUCGUCUCACCACGAUCAGCUCAUAAGCCUCGCACCAUACGACUCGUCUCACCACGAUCAGCUCAUAAGCCUCGCACCAUACGACUCGUCUCACCACGAUCAGCUCAUAAGCCUCGCACCAUACGACUCGUCUCACCACGAUCAGCUCAUAAGCCUCGCACCAUACGACUCCUCUCACCCCGAUCAGCUCAUAAGCCUCGCACCAUACGACUCGUCUCACCACGAUCAGCUCAUAAGCCUCGCACCAUACGACUCGUCUCACCACGAUCAGCUCAUAAGCCUCGCACCAUACGACUCGUCUCACCACGAUCAGCUCAUAAGCUUCGCACCAUACGACUCGUCUCCAUGA